AUGGCCCAGAUGACCUCUGAGGACAUGGGCCCUGCCGCCUUCAUGUGGCCCAAGGACCGGGUAUGGUCUGCCGCCGCCGACAACACUGCGCCUUGCGGCUCCAUCGCCGGCGCCGGCAACCGGACACUGCUCCCCAUGCAUCCCAAGUCCAAUGGAGACUUCACCACCCUCAUCGACGCCAAGGCGAUGCGCGAGCUCGACAAGGGCCACACCUGCGUGCCCAUCGCGGACCCGCCGUCGUCGGUCAAGGCCGGCGCCAACGCCACGCUGCAGAUCAAGUACAUCUCCGAGUUCGACAAGCCCGAGAACGAGACCUUUUAUGCCUGCGCCGACAUCACAUACGUCGCGCUGUCCGACUUCAAGGACACCAUCCCCUGUUUCAACGUGACGCAGCCGCCCGAUGGUGACAAGGGCAGUAAGAGCUCGCCCACAGCCAGCCCCACGCCCAGCUCCGGCUCGCCGUCAGGGUCAGGUGGCGGCAGCUCGGGCCUCUCAGGUGGUGCCAUUGCGGGCAUCGUCGUCGGCGUCGUCGCUGGUGUGGGACUCCUUGGCGCUGCGGCGUUGUUCAUGUAUAGACGGAGUCAACAGCAGAAGAGAAUGAUGAGGCAGCAGAACUCGUCUCGCGCGGUCAAGUGGGACGAGCAACCGCGCGACUCCAACUCGCAGCGCAGUGUGAGGAUGCAGAACAUGCAGCGUUGA